AUGCCACUCGCCUGGCUUCACGACUAUCUAGAAAGGCGCAGAAUCCGACGGAAUGGAAAUCGAAGGGUCCUUGACGAGCGAUUUGGGGAUCCAGAUAUUACCGCGCCGAUGGCGGGUGGCUGGAACCAACUGCCAGUUGUUCAGACAACUUCUGCGAAACAAGUCUUGAUGGGCGCUGAACAAGAGAGCAACGGAAAGGGAUCGAAUAUCUGGAUGAAAUGCUGUUUUUGCGACCGCGAGGACGAAAAGGAUAUCCUAUGCUCCAAUCCUCAACUAUCGUCAACUCCCACUGAGAAGGAGGGCUGUACCCCAAAUCCGUCCGCGCGGAACUCCGGUGGUGCUGGCUUCGUCUACAAGCCUGCCAGCGAGGAAUUUUUCAAAGAAAUGGCUGGAAUAGGCAAAUCAAAGUCGUCGCCUACAAUGCCCAAUUCUAACGAUUCCGAGAAGCACAGAAAAACGGAGAAGACACCACUGGAACCGGUCAACGAACGACAUCAUACUCCCGUUCAGGUUCCCGUUCCCGUGCAGCCAACAGUGCCAACUAAGUCGAAGAAUAAUCGCAAGAACAAGAGAGCAGUUACAGAAGAGCUUGUUCCUUCGGAUGAGGACCUAUUUGGGUAA